UUCGUUGAUAUCUUUCUAUUUUUAAUCAUCGAAUUAAACUUGAAUUCAUUAAUUCACCCUUAAAUUUAGACCAAUUAUAUUUGUUCAUUGUUAUCCACUCCCAAUAUACAACAACAAAGACCAUUUCCUUAAAUAAGUAAACGAAAAAGACUCUUAUAUCAUAAUAAGUGAGUCAACAAAACAAAACAAAACAACAUACAAAAUAAAAACAGAAAAUUUUAAAAAAAGGUGAGAGAGAAAGAAAAACAAAAACUAUAGAUUGUGCAUGAUUACGCAUUAAACGGAAAGUGUUUGUGUUCGUGAGGUUGUGAAUCAUUUUUAACAGACUUCCAUUUCCUAAACUAACACAAUCAAUCAUCAUUGUUAAUCCACAAUCAUAAAUUCUAAUAAGAUACAAAAAAAGUAAAAAAAAAUAAAAACUAAUAAUUACCUUUUUUUUUUGUUUGGCUUUGGCUUUGAAGCUUAGCCUCUCUACCCUAUUGGACCUUGGAAGGAUCCCCUUUGAAUUCUUCAUCAAAUAUUUUUUGUUUUGUUUGCUUGAUCGUUUCAAAGGGGUCCAGGUCCUAGGUGUUGGCUUUUAAGAAUAUUCAUUCAUACAAGAAUAAAUUUGCAUAUAGUUUUUUUUUUUUUUUAAUUUUUUGUUGAGAAUUUUUUAGAAUUUUUGGGAUGUGGAGAGAUCCUGGAGCACCUGCUGAUUCUUUCUAUGAAACCCGCCCUGAAUGCACUGAUGUUCCCAAGUCUAAAUUUAGGAUCAAGGCUGGUAAAACACUAAGUGCAAGAAAGUGGCAUGCUGCAUUUUCUCCAGAAGGGUAUCUGGAUAUAGGCAAGACUCUAGAUCGAAUCCACCGCGGGGGAAUCCACCCAUCAAUUAGAGGAGAAGUUUGGGAAUUUCUACUCGGUUGCUAUGAUCCCAAGAGUACAUUCGAGGAAAGAGAUGAGAUAAGGCAGCGCCGAAGGGCGCAAUAUGCUGAAUGGAAGGAAGAAUGUCGUCAAUUGUUUCCUCUUGUGGGAAGUGGUAGAUUUAUCACAGCACCUGUAAUUACCGAAGAUGGUCGGCCGAUUCAAGAUCCAUUAGUUCUGUUAGAAAAUAAUCCAGAGAAUGGAGUGAUUGUACCUCCUCAAGAUAUAGGUGCUGCAAGCAUUAAUAAUAAUGCACCAAAGGUGACAGACAAAAAAGUAAUUCAGUGGAUGUUAACUCUACAUCAAAUAGGUCUUGAUGUGAAUCGCACUGAUAGGACACUGGUUUUUUAUGAGAACAAAGAGAAUUUGUCAAAACUAUGGGAUAUUCUUGCUGUUUAUGCUCGGAGAGAUACAGAUGUUGGCUAUGGUCAAGGAAUGAGUGACCUAUGCUCUCCUAUGAUAAUACUUCUCAAUGAUGAAGCCGAUUCCUUCUUCUGUUUUGAACGACUGAUGCGUAGAUUACGAGGAAAUUUCAGAUGUACCGAUAACACUGUCGGAGUAGAGGCUCAACUAAAUAAUUUAGCUUUAAUUACUCAAGUAAUUGAUCCAAAACUUCAUCAACAUAUAGAGCAUAUAGGUGGUGGUGACUAUCUGUUUGCUUUUCGGAUGCUAAUGGUUCAAUUUCGUCGAGAAUUCUCCUUUUGUGAUUCAUUGUACCUUUGGGAGAUGAUGUGGGCUCUGGAAUAUGAUCCCAACUUGUUCUGGAUAUACGAAGAAUCUGAAGAAACUUCUCCUGAGGAAGCUAAAGCAAGACUAAAGUCGAUACGUCAUUAUGGAAAGUACGAGAGAGAAAAUAUGAGAAAUGGAGCAAAGAAUGCAGAAGAACCUCCUCUUCCUAUAUCUAUUUUCCUUGUUGCUAGUGUGUUGAAAGAAAAAAGUGCAACACUACUUACACAAGCACGAGGCCUCGAUGAUGUUGUCAAGAUAUUGAAUGACACAAAUGGAAAUCUAGAUGCCAAAAAGGCCUGCAUGGCAGCACUGAAACUUCACAAGAAAUAUCUGAAAAAGGCCAAGAAACCCUAGACCCCGAAUAUAGCAUAUGACAUUUGUUUUUUCGCUGAUCAAGAGAUGUGUUGCUUCCUGCAUGGUGCCCUUUGUUUGGGGUACAAAUAUUGGAAUUCCUCAUAAAAUUUGGAUUGGGUUUUACAGAAUUCAAAGAGGAAUCCGAAACAUCGAGUCUUAGUUGAGCAACAACUGUUGUUGUAUGUUAAGUUAAAUUCUUUAUCUUUUGUAUAUCUAAAAUAACAAAGGUUGUGCAUGAAGUUAUUCUGUUCAACCAUCAGUUCAUACUUUGUAAAAUAUGUGAUACGACAAAAAGGAUAAACAUAAAGGGAAUAACCAUCUAUGUCAAUGAAAUUAAUGUUGACCUUAAACAUGAUAUUCUUUCUAG